AUCUCGCCGAACCUCUGCCGCGGGGAGCCGGCCCGGCCCCUGGAAGGGCUGAAGGGGACGCCACAAGUCCCCGUGGUGUGGCCGCAGGAGGACCCGAGCAUGGACGCCGGCCGGAGAGUCAGAGCAGCCUCUGUCCUUCCCACAUUUGAUCCAUCAUGCCUAUUUAAAGGACACUUGAGCACCAAAAGUAAUGCUUUUUGCACUGACUCCUCCUCUCUCAGACUAAGUUCCCUCCAACUGGUCAAGAAUCACAUGGCUGUUCACUAUAAUAAAAUCCUUUCAGCCAAAGCUGCAGUAGACUGCUCAGUUCCACUAAGCAUGAGUGCCAGCAUCAAAUAUGCAGACCAACAGCGAAGAGAGAAACUCAAAAAGGAAUUAGCAAGGUGUGGGAGGGAGCUGAAAUUUACUAAGACUACAGUGCAUCCUAAAAGUCAUUCCAAAUCAUUACUUAACACUCUACAAAAGCCUUCAGGAGAACCACAGGAUGAAAACGGUUUAUUAAUUGAAGAAGUGAAUGAAUUUCCAUCUUUUACACAGUCACCAGUAAUUUCUUCUGAGAGGCUAAGUCUACCUAAGUCUCAGAACGUCCUCACGAAUUGUACUGAGAAGAACUCCAGCUGCUCCAUGUCCAGCAUGGAUUACGCUGCCUCUGGGUCCAAGAAACCAUCUUCUGGAACCUCCUACGGCAGAGGGCCCAGGGGCACAUUCCCCGGUUCCCAGAAGUUUCAAUUAGUUAUUUCAAAAGCACCCAGUGGGGACCUUUUGGACAAACAUUCUGAACACUUUUCUAACAGACAUUUGCCAUUCACCCCACGCACUUUAAAAACAGAAGCCAAAUCUUUCCUGUCACAGUAUCGAUAUUAUACACCUGCCAGAAGAAAAAAGAAUUUUACAAAUCGGCGGAUAGAAGCUGAAACUCAGACUGAAUUAAGCAGCUUUAAAUCUGAUUUUGAGACAGUUGAGAUCAAGAACACCACAGAUUCAGAAAUGAACAUAAGGCAGGCAUCUGGUUGUGUGUCAGAUGGUACCAAAGGAAGAAGAGCCCCUUUACCUUUACAAGGGCAUGAGUUACUGUGGGCCAAGAUUAGAGACGGCGCCCUCCAGUGUUCCUCGUCCAGGGCAGUAUGUCAAUAUUCGCUGCAGCCACCUUCAGGGAGAAAAAUGUAUUCUGAUGAAGAAGAACUGUUGUAUCUGAGUUUCAUUGAAGAUGUAACAGAUGAAAUUUUGAAACUAGGUUUAUUUUCAAACAGGUUUCUGGAACGACUGUUUGAGAGACAUAUAAAACAAAAUAAACAUCAUUUGGAGGAGGAAAAAAUGCGCCGGCUGCUACACGUCUUAAAGGUGGACUUAGGCUGCACGUCCAGGGAAGGCUCAGGAAAGCUAGACGACGUGGAUACGUUGCAUUUACGUGAUGUUGGAAAGGCUGAGAAUUUAGAACAAAAUGAAAAUAAAAGUGAACAAGAUUUAAUCAUUCAACAGGAACGUCAGGAAUACCAAAAAGCUUUGAAUAUGUUAUUGACUAUACCAAAGGAAGAGAAUGAGAAAGUCUCUUCGAAUGAAUUUUUCCUCCCCGUCUAUAAAUCAAAGUAUUCAGAAGGGGUUAUCAUUCAGCAGGUGAAUGAGGAAACAAAUCUUGAAACUUCAGUUUGGGAUGAGAAAAAUGGAGGCGUGUCAGACAGUUUGCUAGAGCAGGAAACCUCCGUGAGCGUCAUUGAAGGCGACAGUGACGCAGAGAGGGCGGAGACCUCCACAGAGCUGUGUUGCCUCAGCACGGCACUCGUGCCUUCUGUUCAGUUGUGCAGAAUCAAAGACAGCCAGGAGGUGGAAGGACCAACUCUGAGAAUCCUGGAAAUGAGCAUUGAGGACUGAUCUUGGAUGUCUGAUCUUCA